AUGGAGCCUAGAAGGCAGGAGGGUGUCCGAGAAGGCUUCCUGGAGAAGUUUCUGAACGAGUUUUCCAUUAGAGCAGCCAAGAAGAUGCAAGAUUGUCUGUGCCCCCACUCAAACCAAGACCCAGGCAAAUCCUGUGGCCCCUUGGCCCCUGAGGAGGAGCUGGUGUCUGCCUCCCAACCGGAGGAGGAAGAAAGUGAGGAGGGAGAAGAGGAUCUGGAUCCUGAUCUAGCCCGGGACCUGGAGGAGGAAGCAGGUGAAGAGGAGGAAGAUCUUGGGGAUCCAGCUGUCAUCAGUGCUGUCCAUAACACCCAGAGAGGUCUUCCCAGCUCUCCUGGAAUCAAGGCCUCCGGCCUGCUGGGGAUGUCACCUGCCUCCUUGCACUUUCUAUGGCAGACCCUGGACUACUUGUCGCCAGUUCCUUUCCGGCCUCCCCUUCCCAGCGCCAGCUCUCCAGUGCGGCACUUUGGACCUCGACUGCUCCCACCAGACCCAUCUGUCUUCUGCAGCCCACCAACCUCAUGGUCCCCUAGGUUCAGUCGUCUGACCCAGCUCCACCCUCAGCACCAACGGAUCCUGCAGCUGCAGCAGCACAGUCGAACACCAAGGCCCCCAGCCAAGAAGCCCUGGUCUCAGCAGCCAGACCCCUAUGCUAACCUCAUGACCCGAAAAGAGAAGGACUGGGUGAUAAAAGUGCAGAUGGUUCAGCUGCAGAGUGAGAAGCCCUGUCUGGAUGACUAUUACUACCAGAAAUAUUAUCAGAAACUAGAGAAGGAGGAGGCAGAUGAAGAGCUGCUGGGGCGAAGGAGCAAAGCUGGGUCCCUCAAGCUGGUAACGCCUUACAUUCAGAAGGUAGAGGCUUACGAGUCAGUGGUUCGAAUCGAGGGUUCCCUGGGCCAGGUAGCCAUGUCGACGUGUUUUAGCCCUCGCAGAGCUAUUGAUGCUGUACCCCAUGGAACUCCAGAGCUGGAGACAGGAGCUGCAAGCAGUCAGAGGCUUCAGGUGUUGUCCUGGAUUGAGAAGAUGUUUCUUCAGUUACUACAGAUAGAGGAGGGCCAGAACAAUCGGCCUGCAUAUCCCUUCUACUCUGAGCAGCAGAGAAAUCAGGUUGAGAAGCUCUUCCAGGCCUUAAAGACCCAGGAGCAGAAUAAUCUGGAGGAGGCAGCAGAUGGCUUCCUGCAGGUGCUCUCUGUGAGGAAGGGGAAAGCCCUAGUGGCCCGGCUGCUCCCCUUCCUGCCCCGGGAUCUGGCUGUUAGCCUUCUUCUGGCUAUCACCCACCACCUGCCACUCCUGGUCAAGAGGGACGCAGCUGACCAGGUCCUACAAAUGUUGUUCAAGCCUCUGGGCAAAUAUAUUAGUCACUUGACCUUCCAUGAACUUCUCCAAGGACUUCAGGGACUAAUGGUGCUUCCACCUGGCUCCUCAGAGAGGCCAGUCACUGUGGUGCUUCAGAAUCAGUUUGGAAUAUCUUUGCUCUAUGCUCUGCUGAGUCAUGGGGCACAGCUGGUAUCCCUGGAUCCGUCCCUGGAGGAAUCCAACAGUGACCAUACAGCUUGGACAGACAUAGUGAUUCUGAUCGCCUGGGAGAUAGCUCAGAUGCCUACAGCCUCUCUGGCAGAACCCCUAACCUUCCCCAGCAACCUUCUUCCCCUGUUCUGUCGCCACGUGGACAAACACCUGGUACAGCAGCUAGAGGCUACGAUGAAGUAA